CCUCCACUGGACUGGACUGGACAGUAAGUAGCGUGGCUGACCCCGCAGGACCGGCCUUAAGCGUCGUUUCGGUUGCCGGCGCCGACAGGAAGCCCAUCGACUUCUUAUCGAAGACCCUCCCAUCACCGCAACAAAGCAACCAUGUCGAUUCCGUCGUCGUGCAAGGCGCUGCAGCUGGAAAAGGCGCCGCAAAGGGGCGAGCGUAACAUCGCGGCCGUGCGCACCGUGCAAGUGCCUGCGUCGGACCCGGCCGGCUUUGUGCUGUUGCGAAUGCAUGCCGCUGGCUUCAACCGCCGCGACGAGUGGGGCAUGCUGGGCCAGUACCCCGGCCUCAUCUACCAGGACAGCACGUUUGGCUGCGACGGCGUCGGCACCAUCGUCCGCGGAGGUUCGUCCAGCAAGACACUCAAGCUGCUCGUGCCCACGCGCGGCUGGGAGAGCGACGAGGCCGGGCCCGAGGCUGAGCUGCCGCAGAACCGGGGCACCAAGAACGCCCUCGGAGGAAAAGGUUUUGGUCUGCUGGGUUGCACGGGCCCCACGGGCGGCAAGGGCACGUUUGCCGAGUAUGUGCAGAUCGAGGAGCGCGAGCUCGUCGAUGUGCCGGCGCACCUCGAUGCCGUCCAGGCGGCCUGCCUGCCCUGCGGCGGCGUCACGGCCUACCGCGCCCUCUUUACCAAGGGCCGCGUCGGCGCGGGCCACAAUGUGCUCAUCACGGGCAUCGGCGGCGGCGUUGCGCUGCUCGCGCUCCAGCUCGCCGUCGCUGCUGGCGCCUCCGUCUACGUCACGGGAGGCUCCCAGCAGAAGGUCGACCGCGCCGUCGAGCUGGGCGCGCGCGGCGGCGUCCUCUACAAGGACAAGAACUGGCCCGCAGACCUGGCCAAGCUCGUGCAGAAAACCAACAGCCAGCGGCCCUACCUCGACGCCGUCAUCGACAGCGCAGGCGGCGAGGUGCCCGUGCAGGCGGCCAAGGCGGGCCUCAAGGCCGGCGGCCGCGUCGUCUGCUUUGGCAUGACGGCCGUGCCCAAGAUGACAUUCACCAUGCGCGAGGUCCUGCGCAACGUCGAGGUGCUCGGCUCGACGAUGGGAAGCGCACGCGAGUUCAGGGACAUGGUCGCCUUUGUCGGAAAGCACAAGAUCGUCCCCAUCGUCGACACGGUCCUCGACGGCCUCGACGACGCCCACAAGGGCUUCCCACUGCUGCAGGACGCCGACAAGCGCAGCGGAGGCAAGGUCAUUGUGCGCAUCCAGCCCGACGGCGCUGCCAAGUCGAAGCUGUAGCUGGGACUCAUAAUGCUGCUCGUUGUCUUUCUCUAAAUGAAUGGAUGGAUUGCACACAC